UUUAAAAACUGCUACUCCCACUCUUUCAUCACUGGAGGCGACCCCGUGUUCUUGCUGUCUUUACGUCCCAGCCGUGAAUUAUAACAGAGUCUGUUUAAUCGAUGGCUUUUAUUAUGAUGAAAAAGAAAAGAUUUAAGUUUAAAGUAGAUGUAGAGCUGGAGGAGCUGUCAUCUGUCCCGUAUGUCAACGGGGUUCUCUUCUGCAAAGUCCGAGUGACGGACGGAGGCUUUUCAGAGGAGUCAACGAGAGAGCCAGUUAUAGCUAACUGUGUUAAAUGGAAGAAAACGUUCUCCUUCUUGUGUAAAAUGAGCGCUAAUGCAGGGACUGGUGUUCUGGAUCCGUGUGUGUUCCGGGUAUCUGUAAGAAAGGAGCUCAAAGGUGGCAAGACCUUUGCAAAGCUUGGCUUUGCUGAUUUGAACCUGGCUGAGUUUGCCGGUUCUGGAAACACCACGCGACGCUGUCUGCUGGAGGGAUAUAACACAAAAAACACACGACAGGACAACUCUAUACUGAAGGUGAUUAUCGAUAUGCAGCUCAUGUCAGGUGAUCCGUGCUUUAAAACGGCUCCAUCUACUGCCAUGACUAUUGGAUUCCCUGGAGAUACAGAUCUUGAUGAGGACAGAAGAGGAGAGACACAGCCGACAACUCACAUCUGCACAGACAAUUCAGGAAAAAGCAGCUCAAGUCAUAGAUCUGGUUCUGUCCCGGAUGAACUAGGAAAGCGCGGCCAUUCGAGAACAUCCAGCUACGCCAGCCAGCAGUCCAAGUUCUCAGGCUACAGCACUGAUCACUCCCGUACCUCCAGCAUGACAGAGCUCUCUCAUAGGAGGAAUUUGUCUGUGGGUAGUGCCUCCAUAGGGAUUGGUAGCUUACCAGAGCCCAGUGAGGACAGAGAGUCCCGCCCACCGUCCUCACUGCCCCAGCACUUCACACCAUCACACAGUGCCAGCAGGUUUCCUGUAAAGCAGGACUCAGUUGAAUGUCAGCUAAAGAGAGUGGAUGCUACCAGAAUAGACGCUGAUGACAUCAUCGAGAACAUCUUACAAGGCCAAGACUUUAGCCACAGUAUACUGGACUCUAGUGCUGAAGAGGAGGGUCUGCGGCUGUUUGUUGGGCCUGGGGGAAGCACUGCACUGGGUACUCGGCACACCUGGGUUGGUGCUGGGACUUUUGAACAGGUGGUUAUAAAUCGCUAGACUGACUGUCUGUGGGGUAAGGUGAUGUAACAUCCUGUGUCAAAAGAGGGAACAGUUGUCUUCGCAGCAAUUCUAAACUGGGUGUCGGGCACAUCUGUGAGAUCUGGGAAACACUGCUUCCCCUUGUGGCCGAAUCUGAGAACUUCACAUUUUAUAUGCCUCAGCGGGUUCUGAAGAUGGAUAACUACUGUAAAUCUACAAUCUUGUACAACCAACAAUCAAAUUGUCACAAAUUUAUAUGGUCGUAGUAAUUUAUAAAACAGGUACAUGAAACUUUUAGAAUGUGUUAUAGUUUUUAUACUUGUUUUAUAUAUUGUCUUGUUUAUUAGGAUACUUUUUAUUGUAAUGGCAUGGACUGAUGCACUUUAGACUAAUUUCAAUACUGAAUUUCAAGUGUAUAACUUGAAAUCUUUUGGAUAGACUAUCUGUAGAGGUUACAUACAUAUUGUGGCCAUGGAGUAAAAAUUGCAUGCAUUUUCAGUAAAGAAUGGACAGAUAUUCAGCCUGAACCAAUCAAUUUGUAUUUGUUAUUUUCAAAAUAAAGGGUUGUAAAUGUUGUAAAAUUGUUUAAAAAUGCAAUAUAACAUUUUUUUUAAAUGUGUUAAAGGUUACAUUUUUAUGACCUAGGCUAUGAGAAUGGCUUUUUGGGAAUGGUAAGAUUUGUAAAAAAAAGCAAAGAAAUAAGAUAAAAUUCUUUGUUUGUUAUUUAAGAGGUAAUAAAGUACAUGCCUGAUUCCUUUAUUUAAUAUACAGUAUUUAUUGAAUAUAUUUGUUUAUUUAAACUGGACACUGCAUUACUGAUGCAUCACUAGUCACAUUUACAUCUGUUGUCAAAGCAACCUGCAUAUAAUACUGUAUAUAAUAUGCAUUUUACUCCACAUAAAGUGUGU